GGGGCUUCCUGGAGGAAAGAGGCAUUUUCUAGCCAUGAAGUCUGAGAACCAGACCCAGGUCCCACUCCCAGCACUAGGGGGCAGCAAUAAACCAGCAGGCCAGUAGUGUGGCUGGCAUGCUCAGUAUCUGACUUGGGCAGUAAGAGGAGUUUUUGCAGACCUUCUGAGUACUCUUAGGAGAAAUGGAACAAUCAUGGGUAUCUGUCUGCUAGUUUAGCAGUAGGAAGUCCCUAAGUGACUCCCAGGGUUCAGAGAGGAAGUCUGGCAUUGACCUGAACCUAUGAAGCAACAGCAAGACUUCCAAGGGCUGCCCUCUGCUGCCUUUUUUUUUUUUCUAAUUUUGGAUUGCAACUAAGGUCACUCCCCCCACCCAAUACAUUACUGACUGUGCUCCUUACAGCAGACACAGAAAGCCCAGAGAUACUGCUUUCUAUAGGCUGAGUUCUUCCUGUCUUUGGUCAGACAGGGGGAAAGCCAGUGAUCUGAUUGGCAGCUGUUGUUCUGUUGACUAGAGAGUUUUAACCUAGUUGUUUGGGGACCAGGCAUGACUACUAAUAGAGUGUACUGGGCCCAGAGAUUCUAGGAUCAGACUAGACCGUGUGUCCACCACAGGCAGUCUAGCAUGAGGGUCUUAGGUUCCAUGUAGUCCAUUUCCAAAUGCUAGCUGUUGAUGCCCCGUGGUAACUUUUCCCUCUGCGGAUUCCACAUUCUACACUCCUGCUCUGCUGGCUUCUCAGCCUGAGGUCCCUGCCUAGCCUUUCGGGCAUAUUAACCCCUCCUCUUGAUGUUUUGCCUGUCCCCACCCCAACACUGCUCUAUCUCUUGAGGACUAGCCCUAAAAUAUGCCCUGCUCAGGACAUUGACAUUACCUUCUGCCGGAUGCUACUUUUCCCUAAUGGGCCUCCUCAGCUCAGCUCAGUUUGCCUCUUCCAUCAGGGCUAUGCUCCUGCUUUUUCCCAUGGUGAAGGUCAGCAUCUGUGUCCUUCUGGCCUGCAUAGCUAGGCAAGGCCUAGAUCUGACUUGCCUGGCUUCCCAGCACCCACACAACCUGACACCCAGGAUGUUUCGUGAGUGGAGCAAAAGAAGCAGAGUCAAUGAGAAGGAGUCAGGGACUCAUGAGGGCUAGCUUCACUAAAGCUUGACAGGCCUCUGAGAAGAGAGUGGCCUCUCAGCAAGGACCUCACCACACUAAUAGUCAUCAAGGCAGCAUUGGGGCCUCUAUCUCCCUGGUGACCCUGUACCUUUCGUCUCAGCAUAUCUUGGGCCUCGUUGGACUCUAACCUGUAUGAACCAGGUGGGUCUGAGGUGGGGACUGCUACCCAGAUCCCCCAUGUAGGAGCCUGUCAGGCACAGCGAAAGCAAGUCUCUUCUGAGGCCUAGAGGGUCAGAAGGGUGGGAGGAGGGCUGGGAGCCACCAUGGGUUUGGGUAUAGCCUCUCACUGCAAUAUUGAUGGCCCGUCAGUGCGGCCCUGAUUCCUGUGCUUUCAGUUAAAAGGUUUCUGUUGUUGUAGCUUAUGCAGUUGCUCUGUUGCUAUGGAAACAUGACAUCAAAAUGACGUUUCCCGUUUAAAAGCUUUUAACUAAAUUCCUGCCUGUCAGAUGUAGGCCCCAUUUUGAGCGUGGAGCUGCCUCGAGCAAGCGAGUGAACAAGUGCACUGCCUCUCGCCCAUGGUGCGCUGGCCAGGCCUGAGGCCCUGCCUGAGUGCCAUCCUUAACCCUGCAGGUGCCUCCAGCAUGGCAGCAGCCGAAGUGCCUGGCUACCUUGUGUCUCCUCAGACCGAGAAGCAUCGACGGGCCCGCAACUGGACAGAUGCCGAGAUGCGCGGCCUCAUGCUGGUCUGGGAGGAGUUCUUCGAUGAGCUCAAGCAGACCAAGCGCAAUGCCAAGGUGUAUGAGAAGAUGGCCAGCAAGCUCUUUGAGAUGACUGGGGAGCGCCGGCUAGGCGAGGAGAUCAAAAUCAAAAUCACCAACAUGACCUUCCAGUACAGGAAAUUAAAAUGCAUGACAGAUAGCGAGUCCGUCCCGCCGGACUGGCCCUAUUACCUAGCCAUUGAUAGGAUUCUGGCCAAGGUCCCUGAGUCCUGUGAGGGCAAACUGCCGGAUGGCCAGCAGCCGGGGCCCUCCACGUCCCAGACCGAGGCGUCUCUGUCGCCGUCUGCUAAGUCCACCCCUCUGUACUUACCGUAUACCCAGUGCUCCUAUGAAGGCCGCUUCGAGGAUGAUCGCUCCGAAAGCUCCUCCAGCUUACUGUCCCUUAAGUUCAGGUCAGAGGAACGCCCUGUAAAGAAACGCAAGAUGCGGAGCUGUCACCUACAAAAAAAGAAACUGCGACUGCUGGAGGCCAUGCUGGAGGAGCAGCGCAGGCUGAGCCGCGCCAUGGAGGAGACAUGCCGAGAGGUGCGUCGUGUGCUGGACCAGCAGAACAUCCUGCAGGUUCAGAGCCUGCAGCUUCAGGAGCGAAUGAUGAGCCUGCUGGAGAAGAUCAUCGCCAAGUCCAACGUCUAGGCCAUGGAGAGGAUGCCAGGUGCCACGCCGUCCUAUCUCAAGGCCCACCCAGGCUCAGAGUCCUGCCCACCCAGGCAGGUGUCCAGGAAGGGGACAGGCUUCAGCCUGGCCUCUGUGCUUCUCUGAAGGGCUUUCUAGGACUCCAGUGGCAUUGGGAGACCUUGGGACCCCCAUCUCUAGCAUUAAUGCCAGGGACUCCAGGACAAUAGGUAGUGAGGAGGUCCCAGAAGCCACUCUCCAGUAUAGUCACUAUCUGAUACUUGAAACAGCUUUUGAUAUUAAACAUACUUUCC